UCCCUGCAGUGCAAAUGUGUCAGUGCGAGCGGGCGGAGUGUGUGUGAGUGUGUGAGAGAGAGUGUCUCGGCUCAUCGACCAGAGGACUCCAGACGUGUCUGGGAACCUUCGAAACGAAGCUCUCGCCUCUCGAUCACGCUGUUAUUGUUGCAGUCGUGUCUGUUGUUUGUCUUCUUUCUUCGUCUCCCUGCCGGAGCCUUUGAGUGUGACUGGUACCGGGAGGAGCAGCAGGAGGAGGAGGAGGAGGAGGAGGACUCGACUCAGAGGGAAAAAGCCCUCGCAGGAAAAACACAGGAGGAGAAUGCAAUACUUGGCUGCUGCUCAAGUCUGACCUCUGCACCGAUUUCCACGGCAAAUUGCGACCAAACCUUUGGGCUUUUGUUCUCCCCGAUGCGCGGCGCAUAGGAGGGCAGGAAGAGAAAACGGGGGCCAGGGGCUGCAGCGCUACUCAUCACCGGAGACCCCAAAGAGUGUCCUCGACGUGCAGGGCUUCAACCUGAAAACCGGAGGGGGAGUCAUGUCCUCCACGAAAUUCAAGAAGGACAAGGAGAUCAUAGCGGAUUAUGAGACCCAAGUGAAAGAGAUCCGUAACCAGCUGGUGGAGCAGUUCAAAUGCUUGGAGCAGCAGUCCGAGUCUCGUAUCCAGCUGCUGCAGGACCUGCAGGAGUUCUUCCGCCGCAAAGCAGAGAUUGAGCUGGAAUUCUCCCGCAGCUUAGAGAAACUGGCCGAGCGGUUCUCCUCCAAGAUCCGCAGCUCCAGAGAACAUCAACAGUUCAAAAAAGACCAGCACCUGUUGUCCUCAGUGAACUGCUGGUACCUGGUGCUAAACCAGACGAGGCGUGAGAGCCGUGACCAUGCCACCCUCAGCGAAAUCUACACCAACAAUGUCAUUGUCCGUUUGGCCCAGAUCUGCGAGGAUGUCAUCCGCCUGUUCAAGAAGAGCAAGGACAUUGGGAUCCAGAUGCACGAGGAGCUGGUGAAAGUGACAAAUGAACUCUACACUGUGAUGAAAACAUACCACAUGUACCACACCGAGAGCAUCAGUGCAGAGAGUAAGCUGAAGGAUGCAGAGAAGCAGGAGGAGAAGCAGUUCAGCAAGUCAGGAGAUCUCAACGUCAACCUCCUGCGUCACGAGGACCGCCAGCCGAGACGCAGCUCCGUCAGGAAGAUUGAGAAGAUGAAAGAGAAGCGGCAGGCCAAGUACUCCGAGAAUAAGCUGAAAUGCACGAAAGCGCGGAAUGACUAUUUGUUGAACCUGGCAGCGACAAAUGCAGUUGUGGCAAAAUAUUACAUCCAUGACGUCUCUGAUAUGAUUGAUUGCUGUGACCUCGGCUACCAUGCCAGCUUGGCGCGCACCUUCAGGACCUACUUAUCCGCCGAGUACAACUUGGAGACCUCACGUCACGAGGGACUGGAUAUCAUUGAGAAUGCAGUGGACAACCUGGACUCUCGCAGUGACAAGCACAAGAUCAUGGAUAUGCAUAACCAGGUGUUCUGUCCCCCGAUGCGCUUUGAAUACCUGCCACACAUGGGGGAUGAGGUUUGCCAGGUGAGUGCCCAGCAGCCAGUCCAGACUGAACUCCUGAUGCGCUACCACCAACUGCAGUCUCGCUUAGCCACGCUAAGGAUUGAGAAUGAGGAGGUGAGAAAGACCUUGGAUGCCACCAUGCAGACACUGCAGGACAUGCUGACGGUGGAGGACUUUGACGUGUCUGAUGCCUUCCAACAUAGCCGCUCCACUGAGUCCAUUAAGUCUGUGGCCUCCGAGUCCUAUAUGAGCAAGCUGAAUGUAGCCAAGAGGAGGGCGAACCAGCAGGAGACGGAAAUGUUCUACUUUUCAAAAUUCAAAGAGUACCUGAAUGGCAGUAACCUCAUCAUUAAGCUGCAGGCCAAGCAUGACUUACUGAAGCAGACACUGGGUGAAGGGGAAAGGGCAGAGUGUGGAACUACACGGCCCCCCACCCUUCCCCCUAAACCACAGAAAAUGCGGAAGCCUAGGCCACGCUCCGUGUAUAACCAUAAGCUGUUUAACGGCAAUAUGGAGACCUUCAUCAAGGAUUCAGGUCAACCAAUUCCACUCGUUGUUGAAAGCUGCAUCCGACACAUCAAUUUAUACGGGUUGCAGCAGCAAGGCAUAUUCCGCGUGCCGGGAUCACAGGUGGAGGUCAAUGAUAUUAAAAACUCAUUUGAGAGAGGUGAAGAUCCCCUGAUUGACGACCAGAAUGAGCAUGAUAUCAACUCAGUGGCAGGGGUGCUGAAGCUCUACUUCCGAGGACUGGAGAACCCGAUCUUCCCAAAGGAGCGGUUCUUAGACUUCAUCUCUACCAUCAAACUGGAGUCUGGAGCUGAGAGAGCACAUCACAUCCAGCAGAUUGUUGUGACUCUUCCUCGGACCAUCAUCAUCGUCAUGAGAUACCUGUUUGCUUUUCUCAAUCAUCUCUCCCAGUACAGCGACGAGAACAUGAUGGAUCCAUACAACUUGGCUAUUUGCUUCGGUCCCACCCUGAUGCCCAUCCCAGAUGGCCAGGAUCCUGUCGUGUGCCAGGCUCAUGUAAACGAGGUCAUCAAGACCAUCAUCAUCCACAAUGAGGUCAUCUUCCCCAGUCCACGUGAGCUGGAUGGUCCAGUGUAUGAGAAGUGCAUGACUGGGGGAGAGGAGUACUGUGACAGCCCUCACAGCGAACCGGGAACUAUUGACGAGGCUGAUAACGGAACUGAACCACACACCAGUGACGAAGAGGUGGAACAGAUUGAAGCUAUCGCCAAGUUCGACUACGGGGGACGCAGUCCCAGGGAGCUGUCCUUCAAGAAGGGUGCCUCCCUUCUUCUGUAUCACAGAGCGUCUGAAGACUGGUGGGAGGGCCGCCAUAAUGGUGUCGACGGUCUCAUCCCACAUCAGUACAUUGUAGUACAAGACCUUGAUGAUGCUUUCUCAGAUAACCUCAGCCAGAAAGCAGAUAGUGAAGCGAGCAGUGGACCACUGCUGGAUGAUAAGGGCUCAUCUAAAAAUGACGUCCCAUCACCAUGUGAACAAUCACCUGAUUACAACUUUGGGGGAGUCAUGGGAAGGGUGAGGCUACGGUCCGACGGAGCUGCAGUCCCACGUCACCGGAGCGGUACGGAUACCCACAGUCCAACUAGAGGGACUGACACUCCGCCACGAGCUGCAGCCUGUCCCAGCAGCCCCCACAAGGUGUCGAUAAGCAAGGGCCGUAUAGAGAGUCCAGAAAAGAGGCGCCUCGGUACCUUUGGCAGUGCAGGAAGCAUCAACUACCUGGACAGGAAGGCUUAUCCUGAGGGCCACCCGCUGAGACCGUUGCCAGGGGCCACUCGCCACAGCAGCCUCGGGGACCACAAGUCACUGGAGGCUGAGGCUUUAGCUGAGGACAUAGAGAAGACUAUGACUACAGCGCUCCAUGAGCUACGUGAGCUGGAGCGACAGAAUACGGUCAAGCAGGCCCCCGAUGUCGUCUUGGACACUCUGGAGCCCAUGAAGAACCCGGUUAGCUCUGAGCCCGGCAGUCCGCUGCAUACCAUUAUGAUCCGUGACCCAGACGCAGCCAUGCGCCGCAGCAGCAGCUCCACCUCUGAGAUGAUGACCACCUUCAAGCCCGCUCUCUCCGCCCGCCUGGCCGGGGCGCAGCUGCGCCCGCCGCCCAUGAGACCCGCGCGGCCUCCUCCGACACAGCACCGCUCGAGCAGCUCCAGCUCUUCAGGAGUCGGCAGCCCAGCUGUAACUCCCACUGAGAAAAUGUUUCCGAGUAACAAUUCGGCUGCUGGUUCCAAUAUGAAUACAUCCAGUGACGCGGGGGAUAAGUCUGGCACCAUGUAGCGAAGGUGGAAACUGGUGGGAUAGUUGUAAAGCUUAUGGAAAUAAGUGCUGAUAUGUGAAAAGCAGAUAUAGAUAUUUUCCUCUCUGUUUUCCGCCUGACUCAAUACAUAUAUUCAGGAACUAAAAAGCACCUCCAAGAUGUUACCAUGGUGAUAAAUGAGUGGGGGAGGCUUUAGAUGUGUGAUGGCGUAAAGCUGGACUCUCUUUGAUACUUGAUUUAACAACAGUAAAUAUCUAUAAGAAUACAUGUGUUUAAGUUUUACCUCAAUUCCAACAAAAGUCUGUGGCCAUGUUCUCAUGUCAGAGAUACAUUGAAUGCAAGUGAAGUAAUACUUGUGUAAAAUUUGGUAUUAGUUUCUACCCAGCACUCACUGUCCAGCUGAUGUUUCAGUCGCCUCUUUUGAUGUUUAUGAAACACCUCAUCUGGACUGGUGUCGAACAUUCAGGCUAAAAUACCAUGUUAUUCAUCACUGAGGUCUUCGGUCUCAUGUCUGUACAUACAAACUUACUUGAAUUUGUCUUAUGCUCUGUUUGUACUAUACUUCAGUAGAUGUUCUGCAAAGUAUUAACAUAGUGACAUUAUACAGUAUACGUCUGCAUGCAGGGUUUGGAGAAAACAAGGAAAACUUCAGUGAAUUAAAGACUUGCAUUAUUGACAGAAGAAUAACCUUAUGUGGUCACUGUGAGCAUAAAGUAUUACUUUGAAACUAAAUUUUCAAUUUUGAAAAAAUAUCAGAUGCUCAAAUACAUGACAAAGUAAUACAUCGCGACGUUAGAGUGUUAUUUUCUUCUUUUUAAAAAAAAAAAUAUGCCAAGUGUCUGGCUGUUGGUACUCUAUAUGUUGUACCUGAAGUCGUCCUUUCCACUGCUUAAGAUAAAAGUACCCUGGCUUCUCUGACAUUACUAAUCAGAAACUGAACAAAGUAAAUCCUACUCCACCGUCAGACCUGACAUUGCUGGGUUGUUGUUGUUGUUGUUGUUGUUUUUUCUUAUUCUACUGUUUGUCCUGUAAAUGAAAUGCAGAUAACUAAUGCAUCAACCUAUGUAGGAAUUCCUGUGGUAAACUUGUACAUAAUAUAAAGCUAGUAAUUUUUUUUAAAGUGCUAAUCUGUACAGGCUAAUACAAAAAAAGAUAAUAGGUUGAUAUGAAUGGCACUUGUAAAGAACAUAAACUAUGUAACUGUCAUCUCCAGUAAACUACAAACAUAUUCCUUCAAAUCAUUUACCUUGUACUGUGCUUAGAAUGCAUUUGGUAACUGUACUGUAGAAAACGGAUUGCUGUUGAAGAGACCACAAAGGGCGAACAGAUGUUUUCUCCAUCAUCUUUUUGACACACUUUCCGCGCAGUACAUAAAAUUGAAACUUCUCCCUGUUGAAGAUUGAUUUGAGUUUUAUAAUUGCAUAAGAAACAUUGAGAAAUAACCUCACACUGUUCCUCUUAGAAUUUAAGAGACAGUGAUCAAACUUGGGGGAUGUGAGAGUAGAUGUUGUGACAUACUGAUAUCAAAGCUGUUUCCUUCUUUUCCUGCCUUUCCCUUAUCUUUGCUGAUAGAUAAAAUCAGGCUCUGACUGAACUCUAGUUCUCGUUUCGUUGGAGGAAAACGAAAUAAGAACAUUUCAGUGGUUCUAUGUUCUGUACCUCUUGUCAAUCUGACAGCUCUUGUCCAGAGACCUUGUCAUCUGCAUCCCAAACAGCCUGCUCUUUUCUGCAUGUCCUGCGCUGUAAUGUUUGACUCAUAUUAUGCAGCAGUGAAGCUAUGGCUGUGUGUGGUGCCUUGCCUUGGUAAAAUGCACAAAUAAUUCCAGUAGUGGAAUUUAUUUUUUAGGAAACAGGCCUUAACAAUUCUUGAGGCUGGGAAUGAUGAAUUAAGCCGCUUGUAGCAGUUGCUGAAAUAGAAGUGAAAGAGAACUAACAGUGCUUGAUUGAGCAGCAGGAAAGUAAAAUAUUAGCAUGUGAACCAAGCACUGAUUCCACGGUGAACUUUGCAGUGAUUCAAUACAGGCUGUAGUGUUUCUGAGGUACAUGCUGUAAAUUGAAUAUAUUUGCUUCAUAUUAUGAUUCAUAUUUGCUUUUUAUUAUUAUGUUGUCAUGGGCAGAGAUAUUCAGGGUGGGAGGAAACUUAAGAACAGAGAGCUACUUCAGUCAGAAAAAAGGCAAUACAGCAUUAAAAGCAUACAGCGCAAUUACGCCAUCUGUUGGUUCCUGCUGGUAUUGCUUCUUUCGAUGACCCAGUGGACUCUACCUUUUCUGUCCUGGUUACAGUUUUGCACCUCUUGGAAGUAUCUGAAUAUAAAAGCAUAUGUUUAUUGAACUAUGAAGGAAGCACACAAUUUAAUGAAUGAAAUUAACAUCAUAUAUUUAACAAGACUGGGUUUUUUUUAUUUAUAGAGGACGAGAAAGCGGAGUAGAAAAUUGGAGUGCCUUUUGUGCACAACAUAAGUUUUUAUUGGACUUUUAUAUUUACUUUUUUUUCAAACUGUAAUAUGUUGUCUAUAAUUUGUCAUGUUGAUUAUGAACCGAUGUUUGUUUUUUUAAAAUCUUUACCUUGUAUUGCUACUAACUCGUCAGACCACCACAAGGAGUACAUUGUGUAUAGAUAUGCUUCUCAUGAACUUUACCCGACGUUUGGGUGAACCUAUAAAGACUACUGUACACUCAAUCUACUGAUAAUGCUCAGUAGAAUCAUCUCAGAAUAUUUCUUUCAUCUUUUUGUUUUUCUCCUGUGAACUGCCUGUGCUGUGGUUGAGCCGUGACUCUUAUCAUUAAUCUCCUUUCCUUUCAAAGAAAAAUCAUCGCAGUAUAUAUUGAUAUGGAACCUCGGCGUGUAGAGGCCACAAGGCACUCGAUGCGCUCUCGCUUUCCCUACAUGUGAUGUUACACGGACCUUUUUCUUUUCUUGGAAUGUAUGCUGUACUGGGUAACACUGUUUGUCUGCUGAAAUGAAAAGAUGUUAGGGUUGAUAUAAAAAAUAAAAAAGAAGAGAGAGCAGACUGUCAUGUUGUGAUCAGACAGAGUGAGUGACUGUCACACUGUUUACCUUCUCUUUACCUGUUUGUCUAGUGAUUGAGUUUGUUGAUGAGUGUCUGGUUGGUUGAAACCCUGUGAUGUAAUGUACACCAUACCACUGACUGGAUGUCAAACACCCCUGCGUCCAAAUAAAAACAUUAUUGCUCUGUCA